UGUUUAUCAUCUGAGCCACCAGGGAAGCCCCAGACAAACUUCAAAUGCUGUGAAAUUUCAAUUCAUCCUCCUCUUCUGAGUACUCAGAAUUAAGCUGUUGUAGGAGGCUAGGACCUAUUUAUGGAUAUUACACAUAUCCAUACAAUGUAGUCCCAGUAAGCUGAUGGUAUAUAAUAAUCUUAGAUGCCUUUACAUGCGAAUGUAGAAAAACUGAAAAGAGAUUAAUUUGCAGCUGAAGCUGUUAUGCAGCUGUUAUGCUCUUCAGAGUGUGCAUAACAAGCAUGGUGUGUGUAAAGGAAUCUGUCCUCACAUAAGAGGUAGUCAAAAGCAACUGGGGAGGGGAGAGGGACUACUUGGUAGGAAAGGUGCUUGUGUAGUGGCUUCGAAAACCUGAAGUGGAAAUUUUCAUUCUGGAGUUGUUUACUUCAGAGAUCCCCCCUCCCCCACCUCCCUUGCCUUGAUCUUCUCUACCCCAAGAAUCCAUUUACCAUUUGAAAAUAUCUUUUGGUUUAACAGUGUCUGCAGGCUGGCAAUAAAAGCUUUCCAAGAAGCAUCCCUCUUUUAAUGUCAGGAUAAAACUCAGGAGCUGCUUAUUACUUUGGAGGGGGGGGAGGCUUGAAGGGAGAGGCCUUCAAGUAAUUUUGCUAAGAAUGCUGACCAAAGGGUACUUUGGUACUCCUGGACCAGGUUUUCCUCCCAGCAAUCAUUUUAAUCAGCACUUCCCCUGUUUAAUGAGCUUGUAGUGCCAUUACAUAAUCACCCAGCUCACUGGAUUAAUGAUGAAAAGAGGAACUGAUUUUUCCAGUUGCAUCAUUUGAAGUAAAUGUUAACUUUCUUUCUGAGUCCUUAGUUAACCGCAUUAGUGUGACAAAUAUGUCUUUGUCUAGCAUAAGUAAUUAGAAUUUAAUCACUUUAACUGCAUCUUAAUUACCCCAAAUGAAUUGAAAGGACAUUUAAUAGCAAAGAUUAAAUUGCCUUAAUGAACGAUUUUUGUGACUCCAUCAAUACUUGAAUCGCGCUAGCCACUCCUCUCACGCACUUCACCUGCAGUGAGCACAGGAGUCACUAGGUGGCGCGUUUCGCUCAUUUAUUUAUUUAAUUUCCCCAUUGAUCUGUUUUAGAAGACAACAGGAAAGAAAGUGAAAAGAAUAGAGUUUAUUAUGUUCCUUUGAUAACCUCUCUUUGGGACUAUGAGGUCAUCACCAGAUGCAAAAACGAAAGCAGCGAUUUCAGAAACUGUCGAUUCUGAGGACUCUAUGGCGAAUGCAAAGGGAGAUGAGAAACCCACGGAUAACUGGAAGCUUGCAGUGGUUGAGGGAAACUGUAAGUUACCCUCUGGACGACUGCCAACACAUAUACAGAGUUUAAGUCAAUUUAUUAUUUUUUAGUGCAGAGUCCUAAAACAUGAGUAACAGGCAAGCUUUGGAACAGCAAGACAGGAACUGAUGUGAAGCCAAGAAAUAUAAUUGUUGUGCAAGUGCGGAUCAGAACACCAAUGCCAGAAAGUAUGGGAGGUUUGGGCCUUUGGGCCCUCCUCCAGGCUGGGUCCCAGUGGACCAGUCCUACCCACAGAACACAUCUAAUGAGAUGGGUCUUGCCCAUCAAUAAUUGUUUAAGUGAACAAAUGGAUAAGAAGACUUGAGUUCCAUGGCUAGCUCUGUUACUGCCUCACAUUUCCUCUUUCUUCAAAGGAGCAAUAAAAGAUCUCUCUUAUAAGUCUUAAUAAAAAAAAGAAAGAAGUUUCCACAAGUAUCUCUCUUUGAGCAUCCCAGAGGGAAGACACACAUUCUCUACUUUCAAGACCUUUAUAAUGCAGAGACUUUCCAGGUUGGUGUUUAUGACAGGGGAUCAGACAUUUCCACAUUCUUGGUCCACUGAUCUGGUGAACUUGAGCCUGUAAUUGAGGCACAGGGUGGAGGGUAAGGGGGUUCUGGGCUUUGAGCUGAGAAAGUUGAGCACAGGGUCUCAGUGAUUUCCAGCUUUGUUACCACAGUUAAGUAAUUCAACCUCAUUGAACAGAGAAGCCGGAAAAUAAUGGUAACUACCCCAUAAACUAGUGGCUCCUAAACUUUGCCGCACAUUAAAAUCACAUCAGAGCUCUUAAAAAUCACAGUGCCCAGAUCAUGCCUUAAUACUACUAAUGCCCAGAAUAUUUGAGAUUUUAGCCAGGAAUAAUUUUUAAAAAGAUCCCUAAAUAAGUUCAAAGUAUAGCAAGAUUUGGGAGCACUGGUACAGGGAGAAUUAAAUGGUGGCUCAGACGGUAAAGAAUCUGUCUAUAAUGCAGGAGAACUGGGUUUGAUCCCUGGGCUGGGAAGAUCCCCUGGAGAUCCCCAUGGCAACCCCCUCCAGUAUUCUUGCCUGGAGAAUCCCCAUGGACAGAAGAGCCUGGCAGGCUACAGUCCAUGGGGGUCACAAAGAGUCAGACAUGACUGAGCAACUAAGCACAACACAUAUGUGCCCAGUAGAGUUCCUGACCAAUAAUAGGUACACAAUGGACACAAGCUCCUUCCUUAUCAAUUGACUUCCUUAUCACUUGCUAAGACAAAUCUGUGGGUUGAACUUCAGGGUCUUGUUCUGUUCAGCUAUUAUCUUAUCAAAUUAUCUCACCUAAAGGAGAGGAAAAUUUCUGGAAGUUAAUUUGUUUCACCUUUAUGAUCAUGUUACAUCUUUGGGGAGGAACACAAUGUGGAUGUUUCUAUAGCCAGACCCUGUGGUAAAACAAAUUUAUAUGUUUGUAUCAAAAUAAUCAGAUUGUCCUGUGAUUGGCCUGGUCAUCUAAGCCAAUUCUACAAUUUCAGAAUAAAAUUAAGCUUCAUUCAUAUUAGCAUACUUGUGUUAAAAUAAAAAUCUAUGCAAAUCUAUUGAUAGAAGACAGGAAAGUAUGAUUAUGCAUUAAAUUAAUUCACAUUAGAAAUCAGGUUUUUCCUUUUUACUAAACUCUAUAAGGCUGACACUUUUCAGGAAAUGACUUCUCUCAAAGGUGCUUAGCCAUCUUAUUUAAAUACAAACAAAAUGAAAACAGUAUUUAAUUAAUACUUGUUGAAUCCUUUAUCCCAAGUUAUAGGAAAUCUCUACUUUUACUAUUAUGACUUCAAUAAGACCCUCCUUCUGUUGGUAUCUUAGAUUGAGGACCAUUCAAAUUUGCCAAGAGUGUGGAAACUUCUGUUUUUAUGGGGACUGAAAUGAAAUUAGAAAUUUCUCAUCUUGUCCAUCUAAGAUCCUCGGUUGACUUAAAAUAUUAAACUGGUGUUCAACUAUUCCAAUAUAUGAAGUUUACAAAGAGCACUGAGCACUGUUACUUGAAGGGCAAGGCUUCUAACUAUGUAUUUUGAGGAGCAAGACACCCGAGAACCUCCUUUUUAAUUACCCACUUUCACUUGACUUGAGGAUUUUCUUUCUUAUAAGGAAAUAAAGAAUAAAUUUUACCGAUAUACUCUGCAAGAACUCUUUCUUCUGAGAACUUUGGGUAGCAGCAUCUGUUUGAUUAGCUGAAUUUGCCAUGAAUGUGGAAAUGAUGACAUCAAAACAGCUCAUGUAACAACCUCCUUAAAGACCUCAUAGAUUAGAGAUGACUAUAGAUUUUCCCCAGCACGGAUCAAAGGGACUGAAUUGAACGUUUUAGCUUAAUGAUCCAACCCCUGUCACACCCAUAGGGACUCAAAUUCCGAUUGUACAAGCAGGUGUGCAUGUGCACUCAGAUGCACGCAGAAAGCUGCUGGGGAGGGAAGAAAAGAUCAACCACCUGAUUGACAAGGAUAGGUUUGAUCUUUUCCAUUAUUACUUGAUUGUGCUCAUGGAUACUACUGUCAGGGCCUCAUGACUUCUCAUAAACUUUGAAAUAUUAGCUGUUAAUUUUUGUUUCCUCACCACAACUCUUCAAAGCCCUCUUAGCCACUUUUCAAGGGCAAGAGAAACCCAGAGGACAGGACUGACUGGGCCCUGUCCAGGGUCCUGACGCCACACUGGGGCUUCAAGCCUGCCAGGCCUCCAAGCGUUCCUUCACGCACCCCACCAGACAGCAAACAAAGAGCUUCAAGCUCAAAGCCUCAGGGCAGCCUUCCAACUCCGGUCAGUUAGCUGGAAGGUGAAACAACAAAACAAAGGGACCGCUAAUCCACCCUCCCUUCACUACAUCCUGAGCCCCAAUCUCUGAUUUCAGACUGCCAGGGUCACCUUCUCUACUGUGACCCUGAUAUUCUCAACAUGCCAGCAAAAGUAUAAUUUGGAUAUAAAUUCCAAACAUGCUAUCUUGUUUGGAGAGGUUAGAGUUGGGGUAUAAUUUGGGGGAAUGGCGAUUUUGUCUCACCAGUGGGGUCAUACCCAGGAAGUGGGUAGGACCAAGACAGAUCCACUAAGCAUCCUUUCCUCCCUCCACUACACUCUACCAAUCAAAACAGUUAUCCGUUGAAAAUCACUAGGACAGCAGUGUUCUAAAACAAAGCCUCUUUUCUUCGCAUUGGAUUGAGGCACCGAGGUUUACUGGGUGCCUGGCCCUGCGGCCCGCAGGGGGCGCGCGCAGUUUCUGGAGCACAGUAGGAUCCCCUAAGCUACUGGGGGAAGGUGAGUCCAGAUAGAGGGCAUCAGCGAGGGCAGGAGUUUAGCUCCCCACCUGGCACUGAGCGCUGGAAGCUUGAAGAUAAAGAUGCAGCCUGGGAUUUGAGUCGCUCUGCUGCUACAACACAACCUUGCUGUUCUUGGCACAGACUGUCCCAAGUGUCAGGUACAAAACAGCUAUGGCAGGAUUGCGUUUCUAUUGACCCUGAUCGCCCUCUGACUUGGGGCUGCGCCUGCUGGUGGGAGAGCCAACCGCCCUAGGAACAAGCUGCAGGGUUUAUUGUCUCUGGUGGCCGUGCUCAAUGCCCCGACACCAGGUCACCACACAACGACCAGCAGGUCUCCUCUACUCUAGUCAAACUAUCUGCUGUGAUCUUCACCACAUGCACACUUAACUCCAUGCAUUCCCUGCUCUCCUCCCUGGAGUUUGUGCUCCCUAGUGGGGACCGCAAGGGAGAACUAUUAUCACAAGGCCUCUAAGACUCAGACAUGCGCUGGGAGAAAGGUGCACGAAAAGCCGUCUGGUGAUUGGACUCCAGAGUCAGACCUGUUCGGCUGGUGUGUCGGGGUCCCAAACCAACUCCCCGGGAGCAAGGUGAUCAUUGGGCCUGAGUUGGUGAAGGGACUCUGCCUCUGCCUGACAACUGGCUGCCCCCCAGGCCACGCUGGGAGGAGGCUAUAAGAAAGCUUCGGAAGAGGCCCUCCUCCCCGGCAGCCAGCCCCCCUCGCCCCCAGGCUGCGAGGCUGACUCGGUCCGCCGCGCCCCACGGGCCCUUUGUUCGCGCCACAGCCGGCUGGGAGCAGCUGCACUGCCGGAGACCCGCGGCGCAGAGACGCCGGCCCCGGCGUGGGGGGGAACUAGUCCAUUUGGCACUUUCUCCUCCUACUCUUGAGCCCAGGAACCCUUCUGUUCUUGCAUUCCGCAGCCCCAGUCCUGGCUUUUCUCCUGGCCUUCGAGGAUUCGGGAAGUGGGGUUCCCAGGGCCCAGCAUCGCACUCCUUCUGCUUGGCUCCCUUGGUCCAGGGAAAUGAGGGGACAGUUGAAGUGUCACCCGCUGGGAUAAAUAUUAACAAAAAGCAAAUGGACUUGUGCGGGGGCCAGUUAUCAAUCAACCAGACCGCAAGGCCACUUAUGGCAAACAUGGCCCAGGUUGGCCUACGGGAGACUUUUCUCAUGGCCACCUUCUGGCCAGACUGCCACCCCCUCACCCCCACCCCUGCCCUUGUCCAGGUGGCCCUGAGGCAAGUGCCAGCCUGGAAAUAGGAGCAGUCCUGGGUGCUGCAAACCCGUGUGGCUCCCCGGCGUUGCAGUUUGGAGGUUUCUUCACCUCCACCUUCACAGGUUCCUCAAGGCAGGAGUCGGGCACCAGACUCCCGGCCUUGCCCGCUGGUGGGUGUGCACUUGCAGCCACUUAUUGCACUGGCAGCUCCCCUAAUGUGGCCAGAGCCUUCUGGAAUCUUUAAUUGGAAACUAAUCUCCUCGAGUCUUAAUAGGCGACCACGUCAGAGGCGGGCGACCACCCACCCGCACAGCCCAGCCCCCUCUCCCCACCUGGGAGGAGACGCAACGUGAGCCUAGUUGCACUGCACUUAAAUGGGGCAGCAGCAAGUACUACAUUGAGGGAACAUAUAUUGAUUUUUUAAAGGUAGUUAAUUUGGUGAAAAUUUCCUCCUGUCUCUUGUCUUCCACCAGCCGAUGUAAUUUCGUGAAGAGAAAGCUUCUCUCCAAACAGGCUGCCACCUGCCCGGAACCUGGGGUACCAGGAAGGGCACGAAGAAGCGACCCUCCCGCCACCCAGCCAAGGAACCGACCUCGAUGGGCCUUGCCUGGAAUGGGGCAGAAACGAGUGUGAGUGGGGGAGGGGGGCGCGGUGUUGUCUUUGAAUGAACGUAAAGGCGAGCAGAACUGCAAGGGGCACCUUCCUCUGUGCAUCGGACGGAGCUGGGGGAUGGAGGUCGGCGAUGUCCCACAGCUGGGGCCAACAUGCCCUGCAAUCUGUUUUAAGUCACCUGCAGUCAGAACCUACAAGAGAUCAUUUGAACGGCCCAGGAAUCUGCCCCCACCCCCCACGCCCUUUAUUUUCCGUAAAAGAAAUGUUAACAGGACGGCUCGCUGUUAGUUGGUGUCUUAAAAACAAGUCCUGGUUCUUCCUGCAUAAUGGGAUUGAUCCCGGCUGGCUCCGCAAGCACGCUCAUCCCAGCCAGCCCCACCCCUUUAAUGAAGUUAAAGAAAGGAAAAUGGAAGAGACGACUCUCCAUCCGGGUCUUAGGAUGCCGAGUUCGCUGGGGGUUUGGCGCCAAACGCCUGUUCCGCCGAAGUCUCCGAUUUGCCUUCACCACCCCCACCUCACCGAGGAAAAGGCCACGCGCCCCGGCGCAAGGGCUGAGCACGACUCUCUACUGGCUGCUGGGUGCCAGGCAGCGGCCCCUUUGAUAACUCGGGUCCCCGAGAGCCCUGGUGGGUACGCCGCCCGCACCUCCCCAGGCCUGCCCACGCAAGGAGGUCAGAGGACGCUCCUGCAGGACAGAGCGCCAGGGCGGGUUGCCAGGGCUCCGGGGUCGUCUCUGAACCCAACUUCUCAGUCAGUCUUUCUAGGGGGAGAUAGGAGGCCCUGGGGAAAGAGAGUCGUUGAAGUCCUGAAGAAGCGCCUUCACGAGGACUCAGGCGAGGGCGCCAGGCUAAGAUGGGGUGGGGAGCGGCAGCAUGUACCCAAGAGUCAAUCAACUCAGCCCCGGUCUCAUCAAACCGAGUCCACCCUCGGCUCCCCUUGGCUCUACCUCUCCGCUUGUCCUCCGCCCUAGGGGGUGGCUGAAUCUGCUUGAAGUCCCCCGUGUGAUUCAGGCUGGCGUCACUUGUCCCCUCCGCCAGUCGGCCGGCCAGAGCCUUCCCCGUAUCCUUGGCCUAGAGAGGCUGGGGGAGCUGGGAGCUGUGUGUAUGCAGUAUCACCGAGACCUUCCCGCCCAACUCUGAAACACUAGUGCCUCGGGGUUUGGGGCCAGGAGACCUCUGCUCGAAGACUUGUUUUUUUUUUCCUCUCACACUCCCACCCCCUGCAUGGGGAUUCAGACGAAAAUUCAUGCGGAAGAAUAAAACAAAAUGAGAAGUACUAAGCGAAUCGGCAACGAAAGCGGUCUCUGGGCUCAGCUAGAAGCUCCCUUGUUACUUGGCCGC